AUGGCAGCCUCCGACUGCGCGGUCUGCCUCGAGACCUUCAACGACACCGAUUGCGUCCCCGCGAGGCUGCCGUGCUGCCAGAGGGAGACGUCAACCUUCGGGGUUUGUCUCGGAUGUCUCGAGGAGAUUUGCAAUCACUACACCGUGGAGGCGGGAAGGGUGGGGAAGUGCCCCCGUUGCAGGGAGAGACUCUACGUGUCGGCCGACGGGGUCGUGUCCAAAGCCCCGCAGCCUAGGGGUAAGUGCAGGAUGUGCUGCCAGGAGAGGGUCCUCCUGGACGGCGGCAAGUGCGACGCGUGUAUACUGGGCUCUCAGUUCGCGCUGACGUACGAGUGCGACCGGUGCGGUCGACACCAGCGGAUCCCGCACCCCAUGUGGCGGUACCAAACCACGCCCGGGGAGUUCGGGACCAGCACGUGGGCUUGCCACAACGGAUGCGACGACUACACGCGCUGGAGGGUGAUCGAGGCGGAUUUGGGCAGGGUGCCCGCGCACGAUGCGCCGGAGGGAUGGCAGAUGCUGGACCGAUGGCUGGAGCAGCUCCGGGAGGAGCGGGCGCGAGUCGCGAGGAUGCGGCCGGAGGAACGCCGCGACCACGGCGCGGUGUUCAUCCACCGCCGCCAGGGAUGCGUCGUGUCGUGA